GUCUAGGGACUGGGGCUUUCUCGGUGGCCUUGUCAGCUCACAGCAGAAGUGAACAGCCUUGAGUUGAGGAAAUUGUGGCUGGACAGGCACAGAGGUAGUUCUGCUCCAUGCUCGUGUCCUACUGAUUCAGCUGCUGAGCCUAUUAAAUCUGAGUACCCGAAGAGGAGAGGCCUCUUCUGGCCCCCACUGGCCUGCUCUGUUCUGUGGGGAUGUUGCAGCAAGCUGCCCUACUUGCACUCUUCCUGCUCCUCAGGGGUCACCAGGGUCACGGUUGCUCGGAUUCUACUGAAGAUGUGACCGCUGUCUCAGGAAACCCUCUCUGGCUGCGGCCUUCCAACAUACAAACAAAAGAUGUUUCCAUUAAGUGGAAGAUGAAACUGCAGGACUCAAAGUUUAAGAUCCUGAUUUCUUAUCAUUAUAACAACAAUCAAACUGAGGCUCUCAAUGAUAUAUAUGAUUUUAACCCCUCCAAUUUUGCUCUUGGCAUCAAGUCAGCUAAGCUGGAAGACAGUGGUUGUUAUAACCUGGAGAUCACCAACGAUUCUGGAGGAGUUUGCACUAAGAAAUUCUGGAUUCUUAUACUUGAUCGUGUUGAGAACCCUGACCUGCAGGGCGAGUGGAAGACCCUGGCUGAUGGGAUGUGUCAGCUGUCUCUGUACUGCUCUGUGUCCAAGGAUGACAAUGUGAGCAUUGCUUUGUACAGAGGGAGCAAGCUGAUCUCAACACAACGGAACUUUACCUACCUGGAGAACCAGACUGACACCAGCAGUCUGCACACAUAUACUUGCAAUAUUAGCAACAAAGUCAGCUGGGCAAGCGACACAUGGAACUUCACCCAGGGUUGUCAGAGUGUCCCUCCAAAAUUCAGACUUCUGCCCCUUGUGGUGAUCAUCGUUAUUCUAGCCCUACUAUUUCUCGGUGCUGUCACUUGCUUCUGCGUGUGGGAUAAGAAGAGAAAGCAGUCACAGUCUGAUCCUAAGGAAUUUUUAACAAUAUAUGAAGAUAUCAAGAACCCACAAGUCAGGAGAAAUCAAGUAGGACAUUCUGGGGCCUCAGAAUCUCUUUCAGUCAUCCAGGAAAAUGGAAGGGAACAAAGAGAAGCGAACAGGUGUCUUUUCGAGGAGCAGACACUGGAGCAGGAAACUCCUAGAGAUGGAGGUACCAUCUACUCUAUGAUUCAAUACAAGCCUUCUGAUUCCACAUCACAUGAAAAAUGUACACUUUAUUCAGCAAUCCAGCCUUCCAGGAAGUCUGGAUCCAAGAAGAGGAGCCAGAACUGUUCCUCAAGUUACACUGUGUAUGAAGAGGUUGGGAGUCAAUGCCUCCACACCCGCAACCCUGCCAGACUGAGCCGCAGAGAACUAGAGAACUUUGAUGUUUAUUCCUAGUUAUUGCUAGUGUUCUCAUCCUGUGUACACAUCAGCAUUAACUUUGGAAGGGAGCACAGCAGAAGAUGAUGAUGCCGUAUGAGUCUAUGGAACAGCUCCUGGGCUGAGAGAAUGUAGAUGUUUAUUCAUGGUUUAUAUUUUGUCUUCUUAUUUAAAAAAAAAAUUAGACAAGAUUUGACAUGGCCCAGAACAACCUGAAUUUGCUAAAGAGCCAAAGAUAAUCUUAAACUUUUGAUCUCCUUGCCUAUACUUCUCAAAUUCUUGGAUCACAGAGGCAUGUACUACUAUAUAAGGCAUGGAAACGAUUUUUAACUUCUGCUGUAAGAUUAAGGUUGUUAAAAAAUCUCUCAAGAUUACAGACUGGACAAGAAUGGGUAGAGAGGUUGUGUUGGUCAUACUCUGAGAGGCUGUAAUCCAUACAGUGUUGUAGAAAUGUGGGUUAAAGGGAGAUUCCUUUCUUGUGGUUCUCUAAGUUAUAAUCCCCUACACUGAUACUAUUAAUAUGGAAUGCCUACAUUCUAGACCCUUCGUCUGCCCACAAUGUGAAGAAGCCCCGCUACUCAUUGAGGCUGUGCUAUCUGGCUGUGAGCUAGCUGUCACUUCUCCCAGGGAAGCUGGAACUUGACUUCACUCAAAUUCGGGGAACCCCUGAUCAUCCCACAUCUUUACUUCAAGCCAGUUGUUCACAAGGGACAGCGAAAAGAACUGAGAGUAGAUGGUGCAAUUCCAGCAGCUUUCUGGACAGGAGAAUCACCCAGAGCAUAUGCGUCAGUGAUGCUCAUAGUGUGAUGGUUUGUUUACAGUCCUAUCACUAGAAAUUCAGAGUCCUGAAGAGUGCUCCCUGUGAUAAACCAGGAGGGAGGGCUCUGACCAUAGGUAUCCAAGUUCAGAGUCCCGAGAAGUGCUCCCAAUGAUAUACCCUAAAAGGAGGGUUCAAAUAAUUGAUCGCUGAAGAUGUGGCAGUUGGGUACCACAAGCCAUGCUAUCCAUCUUCAGGUUAGCUCCUUCAACAAUGCUGGGAGAACAGGCCUGAAGAACUGAAUGAGCUCAGGAAAGCAGCAAGUGUGAACUAAGAGAGGACUUAGAGCUUCAACAAGGGGCUCAACUCAGAGUUUAGUUAUUUUUCCUCUUUCCUCUGCUGGAAUUAAAGGCACAUGCCACCAUGCCUGGGUCAGAGUCUUGUCCUUCAAGAGUCUCACUGUGCACUUAUCAUGGGAGUUUGACAUGAAAAUUUGGUCUUACACAGAGGCAAUGUCAAUGUUUUGACUGAAUUAAACUGAUGAACUUCUUAACA